AUGUUAUCUUUACGAGCCAGGGAUCAGCAGUAUUCUCAGGUCUUUGACCCCAGGGAUUUCCCUGUUAACUACGAUGUGAGUGCCAUUCAGUAUUGUGUUGAACAUUUCUUAUUACUGUGCUGUGGUUACUCUGUUCACCCUUUUCCAAAUCUUACUCUGCAGGAUGCUAUGGAAACUGCCAUCCUGAACGCACAUGCGAAUCCGUCUGCACUUGAUGCAGUACUGCUAAUUUCGGAAACUCUGGCGCGUGCCUCACACUAUGAACGCUCACUCAGUAUGCUCAAUCUUGCUCUCCCUCUAAUGGACGCUUAUUCCGCGACUCCUCCCGGUGUAGCUUUUAUCGAGAUUAUCACUGACGCCCCCACGAUCAAGCGCAUGUCACUACAACUGCGAGCAACUGUUCACUAUCGUUUGGGGGACAUUUUGGAGGCCGAAUCUGAUGCACAGGCCUGUCUGGAACUGAUGCCACUGGAUGCGCUCUGCAGCUACGUGAAAACUCUAUGCAUGCUUGUUACUGGUCGUUUUGUGGAUGCAGUGAAAUCUUCAGCCCCGGUCCUAAGUCGAUGGUUUGACUUCAAGGUGCGCAAAUCCCCCGAAUUUAUUCAACUCAGUUACAUCAAAGAAUGGACGCGAUAUCUACACCAGCGGGUCACACGUUCCAUGGGCAACUUUCACUGGUUGAAUGAUCUGUCAGAUCUUUUCAAACAAUCAUGGAUCCAGAGCACCCCUCUGGAAGCUUUGGUGGGCUAUGUCGAUCAGCCGGGAAUCCAAGCUGAGUUACCUGAGUACCUCAAAACCCCACACCAAAUAAUGGCUAUACUAACCGGCAAUUCCACGGACCGUCGCACCCGUCACUAUUCGUUCGAUCAGUCUACCAGUGGUUCCUUCUACAAUUGUCCGUCAAAGCCUUUCAUGUGGCAGCACGAACGUCGCGAGUGCCAACAAACGUACCUGACUCGAUUGGCACAAAUCCUUUGUAAACUGGAAACUACCUAUGGUCUUAUCCUCAAUCCCGGCUUUAUUACGAUCUCUCCUGCAAUGCAACCGUUCAACCGAAGGCACAGACUGUCACUUGUCCUCGGCAGUCUCUAUAGUGCUGAGUUGAUUCGGAACUACUGGUGCCAACGUCGUCGUGUUGCAUUCGGUACCUGUUGGUCGUUCAAUCCAGAUCGAGAUAUCGGUUCCGAAUGGCGUACCAGGCAGUUCGCCACCUACAACGACCCUUUAUCGGAAGACGGAGGUGAUUGGGGUCAGUCUGGAUACUGCUCAGCCCAUAUCCCCAGUGCUUCAGCCCACUUUCACCGUGGGCCAUGUAGAUCUGUGAGGGAUGAAGGUCCGGACUGGUUUGUGCACACCAGCUUUAUCACGCAACUUUUGAUGCUUGCUGAUCCAUCCGAAACACCUCCUAUCUGGUACGCAAACGACCGUUCCUUGCAGAUUGAAGAUCGAUCGAAUUAUCAUUCACCUCACCUAUUCUGGACUGGGGCACGUGAACACGACAGAAAUGCAGAGCACAAACCAAGGCCCUCGUUCAGUCCAGCUGAAGAGGAAUCUGAGAACGGGUGGACAGAUGCGUCUUUUCGGGACCAGCAUUAUUUUAUCAAACACGGAAUGGUGCAAGCCGAAUCGAUGACCUACACCCCUGCGGCACUGCAGAUGAUGUACUCGUUAAUGACCCUACGUGCCUUAGUACCUUCGUCUUCUGCGGAAGGCUGUGACAGUCCAAGUUCUGGUCUUUCAGAUGACACCGGUCUGGGAUCAGAUCUGAUGUCUGCUUUCUCACGAAUUGUGGACUCGCACAGUGAUGUUCAUCAGGGUGUCAGACGGUCGUUUAAUGUGACCUCGAAACAGAGACUCACACAGAGCCUGAACCAGGCCUGGCAAAAUGCACAGCAGUGUGGUUUGCUCAAUUAUGCAAACAAGCUUGCUUUGAGCAUUUAUGCUCCCGGACGGGCAGAUCGAUCAUCUUCAGCCUCAUCAGAUUCCAGUAACCGACGUUACUUAGCCGCUUUGUUGUUGUUUGAAAAAGAUGCCGACAGGAACUUCGCACUGUCUGUUCUCUCUCUAUCGAACCGGCGUCAUCGGGAAGAUUUGGGGGAGGAGAUGGAUACUGCAUUCCACGACUUUCUCAUACAGGGUGAGAAAGCUCUCGCUACUGUGCUGGCCGGUUCCAAUACGCAACUUGGCACGCGGCACGUCACAUCACCAUUCCAGGACCAUUACCUGAACAACGCCAUCAACAGUGCAUUCCAUUGGUUAUACUACUGGACUAUUUUGAAACCGAUCGCCUCUGUGUAUAGUUUUCAUAUUGGAUUCAGCAUGGUUCUUGGGAUGCUCCGAGCGCUCGGUGUCGAACCCAAGUCUGCUUUGCCAGAUGCUGAACGAAAUCUGGAAUUGGAAGCGAUAUUCAUCGGUUCUCCUGAGGCAUUUGCAAAUCUUUGCUCCAACAUACUUAAUCUUAGCUGGCUGUCACAAACCAGUGCGUCUUUCACGUGGCUCAUGGUUCCUAGUGAGCUACUUCGAACUCCAAAAGAGUUUAUCGAGCUGCUCAACCUACAGGCAGUCAGCAACUGUGAGCUUGCAUGAACCUCUCGGCCACAGCCGCUACACCCGUUCAUCCGAACCAGCACACACUCACUCCCAGACAGGCGCACCUCCACUAGUUACUACAGAUCUGUUUCAUGCUUCAGUUUUGAAUCACAACUUUACCGUUG